ACUUUUAUUUCUAACGAUACAACCACAUGUUGCAUUGAGGGGACAAGAGCUGCAGUGAUGAACAAAAUCUUUGUGGCUCUUAUGCUGAUCACUGAAAUGGGUAUGAUGAUGACAGAAGACAUUUUUCAGCUAAAUGCAGCAGUGAGAGUACAGCCUGGGGAAAAUGUGGUACUCACAUGCAACACUACAUCUGAUAUUAGUUUUACAAGCAUUGUUUGGUUCAGGCAUAUUGUUGGAACGAUGACACAGGUUAUAUUAGCUUCAUACACAGCAACAGGAUAUGCAUCUUACGAAGAGAUUAAUGACAGGCAGAGAUUUACUCUGCAGAAAGAGCAAAACAUGUUUAAUCUGAAAAUUUCCGAGGCAAAGACCUCUGACUCUGGUAUAUAUUACUGUGCACUCUUUGGCUACAUGCUUAAAUUGCACAUUCCUACUGCAACCUUUUUAAUCAUAUCAGGAUUCAAGCCUAAAAGUCACACAGUAGUACAGCAGCCUGUGUCUGACACAGUGCAGCCAGGAGACUCUGUGAGCCUGCAGUGUACAAUAGAGACUGGGAGCUGUGCAGGAGAACACAGUGUUUACUGGUUCAGACAUGGAUCAGGAGAAUCCCAUCCAGGAGUCAUUUACAGCCAUGGAAACAGGAGUGAUGAGUGUGAGAAGAGCCCUGAGGCUGGAUCUCCUACACGGAGCUGUGUCUACAGCCUCCCCAAGAGGAACCUCAGCCUCUCUGAUGCUGGGACGUACUACUGCGCUGUGGCCAUGUGUGGGGAGAUGCUGUUUGGCAAUGGGACAAAGGUUCACGUAGAAGGAUCUUGCAUUAAGGAUUCCAUAAUCAUCGGCUUGGGAGCUGCUCUAUUUUUGUGUGUGACUGUCAUUUUUGUACUUGCCUGCCUCAGAAAUAAGAGGACAUGCUGUAAACAUCGUGCAGCAUGUGACUCAGAGGCAGGCCACCUUAAUGACCUCAAUGCAAAAGAAAGAAGCAACCAGAAUCAUAAUCCUGAGAUGCUAAAUUACGCUGCACUGCGCUUCACUCAGAAGAACCCUGAUUGUCGAAGAAAGAAGAGAGAGACGAACCAGGACAGUGUGUAUGCAGGUGUGAGGUCACCAGACUGAAACAUCAGUUUGAUACACAAUCUUGAUGCUUGUUUUAUUUUAAAAGUACAUAAUGCUGGUUCACUUUUACAGAAAGACACCUACAGUACAGGCUGUGUUCAAAUUUAUGUACUUAUGCUCAUUGGACAUAUUGUAAGUUGCCAGAUGUAAACUGUAUAAAGCUGAUUAAUAUAGUUAUCUGCUUGCCUAAUGGUAAAUUGUGAAUAAUCUUCAUGUAUAAUCCUAUAUAAGCUGGUAUUCUUGUAAAGACCAUGGUAGAAAGAUGUAAAACGUGUAAUCUCCUAAAUAAACAUGGGGUUUCAAAAAUAUGUAACUACAGACUGCAUUAUGGAAGCCUUGAAGGGGGGCUGUUGGCCCAGUAGCAUUGUAUUCCCCAGACAGCCCCAUCACCUGCUCCGGCCACGUACUCCGUACCCCCCGCACACUCACCGACAUAAAAUUUCUACAUGUAAUGAAUGGAUGAACUGGAAAUGUGAAAAAAAAAAUUGUUGCAUAACAAAAAUAACUGUAAAAGAUGCAC